CUCUCUCCGUCUCUCUCUCUCUCUCUCUCUCUCUCUCUCUCUCUCUCUCUCUCUCUCCUCUCCUCUCUCCUUCUUUCUCUCCUUCUCUCUCUUUACACAACUUUUUCUCGCGGCACACGGCAAAACCACUAAUCAUUAAGAGGUGUGUGUACGUGUGUGUGUGUGCGCUUUGAUGAAUUUGAUGAAUGGCACGUAUUACAAGUAUUGAAAAAGAAGGAGGCCCACCGCUUCAUUAAUUAAUCUAAACUUUUAUUCCAAUUCACCUUGUUCGCAACGUCCCUUCCGUUGCCCAUCUCCAUGGCAACUCCGAGGAAAAAACACACAAUCAUCCCCACCGUCAUCCAUCAACGGUCCUCCCUAUGGCCCCCAGGUGCUGAAAGGGAGCAAGACGCUGGCCAUGUCUGUGUGCUCGGUGGGUCGUGUCCCCGGGGGCUACAUCACCAACCACAUCUACAGCUGGGUGGACCCCCAGGGCCGCUGCGUGUCUCCCCCUCCGCCCCGGACCAGCCGGACCCCGGCCCGGGGCCCGACGGCACCAGGCCCCCCCGCAGCGUGGAGGAGAGGACGGUGACCUUGAACAUGGACGAUGGCCGCUCCCUGGGCCUGAUGAUCCGUGGCGGGGCGGAGUACGGCCUGGGGAUCUUCAUCACGGGGGUGGACCCGGGCUCUGCUGCGGACGCCGGGGAACUGAAGGUGGGCGAUCAGAUCCUUGAGGUGAACGGGCGGGGCUUCGUGGCCAUCUCCCACGACGAGGCGGUCCACAUCCUGAAGACGUGCGUCCGUCUGCGCGUCCGGGUGCGCGCCGUCGGACGCCUGCCGCACGCGCGUACCGCCGUCGACCACACCCGCUGGAUCAGCAACCCCGCCGCCGCCGAGGGCCCCGACGCCGUCGCCAUGGCAACUGCUGCCGCUAUGACAGUAGCCAACAGCGGCGGACGGAGCCCCGACGUCAUCGCCGGCGCGGGCGGUCCCGGCGCCGCCCCGGUGGUCCGACCCACCUCGGCCCAGAGCACCGCAGCACUAGCGAAGCCCUCAGCGUGUAGGGCUCUGGGGCCCCCGGGUCCCCAGGUGAGUCUGGAGCAGCAGGCCUACCUCCUCCUGACGGACCUGGAGAGACAGACCAUGGCCUACUACCUCCAGGAGUACCACAAUGGACACAUAGGGGUGGAGCCGCUCACCAUGGCCCUGUUUGAGCUCUUCAACACUCACGCAAAGUUGUCCAUGAUGUCGGAGGUGCGGUCGCUGGUGGCUCCCCAGGAUCUGGAGGUCUACGACGGGCAUGUAUUGCGCCGCGAGCGGGAGGCUCACAGGGCCUGGCAUGGAGGCCUGGGGUCUUUCCACCCACAGGCCCACUAUGGCCUUGCGACCAACGACGGACAUGUCCACUUCUCCAAGAGCGAUUGCUCUGAGGAGGGUAAGAUGGAGCACAGUGAGGCAGCGUGUUUGAUGGCCUUGCAGGAUGUGGUGCUGGAAGAGGUGCGGCCCUCGUCUGCCUCUCCUCCAUGCCAGCACCAGUCUUCAGUGGGCCACGCCCCCCAGGAGCGGGGCCACGCCCCCAAAGAGCGGGGCCACGCCCCCCAGGAGCGAGGCCUCACCAGACGACCCUCUUCCCGUCCGGCCCGGCCAGGCUCCGCCUCCAGCAUGCUAUUCAAGGGCCCCACGCGGCUCCUCCAAGACUGCCUCCAACGGUCCCUUAAGGCCCUUCCCUCCCACACCCCAGCCCCAGCCCCCGCCCCGGCCCCGGCCCCCGCCCCCCAGCAGUCUCCGUCGGCAACGGUGGGCGAGCCGUCCCGCUGCGUCUGCCCCGGUCCUGGCCCGACCCGGCUCCAACCGGACCCCGCUCCCCAGGGCUCCCUCACGGCCCACCCCCGGCACGGCGACCCCCAGCUCCACCUCGCCUCAGAGCUGGACCAGCACCAGCUUCAGCACCUCUACCUCUACCACCACCACCACCCCCACGCCCACCACCACUUCCCCUACCCCUCGGCCCCGUACCAGGCGGGGCCCGACGCGGGGGUCCACACCUGCCCGGGGUUCCUGUACCGCCGGGACCCCUCCGGCUCCCCCGGCACGGAGGCCGUGGCGGCCGCUACACAGAGGUCCGCGUCCUACGAGCCCUUGUCCGACUCCUCCUCCUCCUGCGUCCUCCAGACCAGGUCCACGUCCUCGUCCAAAACGGUGUCUCCGAUGCCGUCCCCCCGGCCCUCGCCCCACCUCUCCCCCUGCCCGUCCCCUUGCCCCUCGGUGGUCAUGGCCACCCCGCCCCCUUGCAGCCCGGACCGGUCCUGCUCCCCGGCCCUCCUGCAGAGGGGGUCUGCCGCCGCCGUCGACGCAAACCUGCUGUCAGCCGAGUGCCGGCCCCAGCAGAGAGGCGCCACGCUGUCUCAGCUGUGGGACAGCGGGCAGACGCUGAGCGAGGACAGCGGCGUGGACAUCGCCGAGGCCGGGGGGGUUAGUAAGGACGGAAGCCCCCGACCCUGUAAGAGCCAGCCGGGACCAGCGCCAGGGGAGAGGCACCAGGGGAACCAGGGACCCCCGACCAACGGCCCCAACUCCCUGCACGCCCCCACACAGAGUGGGUCGGUGGUCUCUCUGCUGGCCCCCUCCACCCUAGUUCGCGUGAUGAAGAACACCAGCACCCUUGGAAUUGCCAUUGAGGGCGGAGCCAACACACGGCAACCGUUGCCACGCAUCGUCACCAUACAGAAGGGAGGCUCCGCCCACAGUGGCGGCCAGCUGCGGGUGGGUCACGUGAUCCUGGAGGUGAACGGCGUGUCGAUGCGUGGCCGCGAGCACCGGGACGCCGCGCGGGUCAUCGCCGAGGCCUUCAAGAACAAAGACUCAGACCACCUCGACUUCCUGGUGGCAGACCCCGACGUCUAGCCGCUCACGCUCAUUAAAAAAAAAGAAAAAAACCAAAAACUACAAAUAUUACAAACUUGAAACGAUACCAACAUUCUAGUGGUUAAAGGGUAAAGGAAAGUUUAGUUUGCAGGUGGAAAUUUGCUGGAUGAGUUUUCUUCUUAGCCACGAGAUUUGGAUUGGUUGAAUUUUUGGCAGUUUUCUGUUUUAGAAAGCGAUCACCACAGCAGGUUAUCUGAGGACGAAAAGAGGGGAAACCGUCGAUUCAUGAGGCGGGUAGAGAAUCCGUUCAGUGCGACGUCCAAACCCUCCUACGUUUAGACAAUACCAAGCUAGGGCAUUUUACUUUCUUAUCGUUUCACGAGAACAAAAAAAACAACUGUGUCGUCCUCGGCUUGCUCCACCUGGGCAGGCUUUGAGUAUAAAAUGAACACUACCAAGAUCCAAUGAUGAACUAUGUUCAGAAAUAAUGUUAAGCAUAUCAAACUGUCAUCUAAAAGGAAUAUUAAUGUUGCCAAAACUGAAGCAUGCUCAUUGCUCCGCCUUAAACACCAAAUGUAUAAUAUUUGUUAAUUUGUCAAAGAAAGAAAGAAAGAAUACGAUCAUCAACCAUUGGGUAACUGUUAGAUUGUCCCUUUCUGGCAUUUAUUGUAGUAACAAACUGUGAAGAAAAUAUUAUCUGGGUUCUAUCAAUUUUGUAGAGCUGUUUUGGGACUGGCCUUCCCAGGCCCAGAAAGAAAUGCUCAACAUAAGUUGAUACCACUCUGUGGAUUCAUUGUUUGUGGGCCUUCCGGGUAGUACACAGAUGGACAGUCAUCCUACCCACCAGGAAGGGAUGUGGUUUACAUUUUAUAACCUAACCGGUUCUGACGGAACAAGCUGUGCUUCUGCGGAGAGAAACACUGAGUCAUCUGUGGCCCAUGAGGUUUGACAAAUAGGAGGACAUCAAGCCAUCGCUACGAGCAACCACGCAUGAACUCCUUGAGCCUGUCUGGGAUUUGUAAUUCAGCAAAACAGAACUGUUGACGUGCCAAAGUCAUCCUAUGCAGCUUCAACAAUAAGUGGGAAGGAGAUUCACAACACAUACCCGUGACCGAAGAAACGUAUAUUUAAAAGUAUUUAUUUGCACUGGAAACAUGUGAUACGAUAGAAGUCUAUAUUUUUGUCGCUAUAUUAUUAGCAGAGUAUAUACAAUCGAUGGCUGAACGGUUGGGUCGAUCGGAUUGGUUAAUUGAUCGUCAUGGUUUUGGAAGUACUGAUGGAUGUUGAAUGCAUGGACUGCAGAACAACAACAGAGACUCAACUAAUACAUGGAAUGAUAUAAUCAAUCAAUAUCCAAUCACUAUUGUAAAAUGUGUAGAUAGUUAAAAACCGAUCCAAAUGCCAUCUUUUGUAAUGCUGGAAUGGUAUAGUAUGAUAAGAGUUCUCUAUAUAUAUAUUCCUCUAUAUAAUAUAGUAUCCUACAGAACCUUAUGUGAAUUCCAUUGCAUAGAUUAGUUUCUCUCUCAAACAGUUUUUGCCGAUUUUAGAGAGUUGCUUGUAUGCCAUAUGUACAAAAAUAUAUAAUAAUAAAAAGCUGUGCUCCAACUCCAUCCAGUCGCCCACGCGGUCCAGAUCAAAGCGGCAGGUAGAAUGCGCAGGUGAGCCUAGCACCAUGCUAAUGUGCAGUGAGACUGAUGAAUCCGUGGGCAGGGAGGAGUGCAGUGUUCCAGGGAAAUACAGUCCAGUAUUUUAGCUUCCACGUGGGCAGUGCUCUGCCACAGGGUGACAGGGAGAGAGAAGUGUGGGUGAAAAUUCAUCAGGAAAUCCAAAAAUAAAAUGAGACUUGCUAAAAUG